AUGUUGGGGAAGGAGCGCUCGCCUGUGACAGAACCCAGAGACAAAAACAAGGAAAAAGGUGAGGGGAAGAAAAUCGCUAGUCGGCGGUCACUGCUGCUCAGAGGCGUGGAGAAGAAGUGGAGACCACCAAGAAAUGGUCAGCGGGCCAGAAUAAGCAGCACCUGGUUACCAAGAACACAGCUCCACCAUCAGCGUGUUCCACUGGAAGUGGGCAAAGUCAUCCAGAAAGGCCGUCAAGACAAGGGUCUGACCCAGAAAGACCUGGCCACUAAAAUCAACGAGAAACCUCAGAUCAUCGCUGAAUAUGAAAGUGGGAAGGUGAUCCCAAAUAAUCAAGUCAUGGGCAAAAUUGAGAGAGCCAUCACAACUCUUCCAUAG